UCCCACGUGGCCAUUUUAUAUUGGGUGGGAAAACUAUUUCUAAAUUCUCUUUGGAGCUGAUAAAAUUGCCACCGGACCAGAGACCCACGGGCACGGCACACGCCACAGGGACCAGAGACACCACCGAUUUGCCACCCCCGCCGUGCGCUACUGACGUUACCCCACUUUUCAAAAAGAGGAGAAAAGGCUUCAGGAGAAAUUCAGCUGGCUGGUACGAUGAUACAAUGAGUUCGGCUCCAUUGGAAGAGACGACACCCUUGAAUUCCAAAGACGAAGAGCAUCGAAACCUCCUAUUACUUUCUCCCUCCCCUCCACCGUCAUCAAUCCCAUUGACGGAGCUGGAAGAGCGGAGGGUUGAAGCAGGGAUCGAGUACGAAUCACAGGAGAAAUUGGUGGCCGUUGAUAUCGAAUCGGAGGCUGCCGACGGCGUGGAUCACAGUACAGUCCCUCCCUUCUCGUGGCGGCAGUUAUGGCGGUUUACUGGACCGGGGUUCUUGAUGAGCAUCGCGUUUCUGGAUCCGGGGAAUAUCGAGGGGGAUCUGCAGUCGGGAGCGAUCGCUGGGUACUCGCUCUUAUGGCUGCUGAUGUGGGCCACGGGAAUGGGCCUGCUGAUCCAGCUUCUCUCCGCCAGACUUGGUGUGGCCACAGGUCGGCACUUGGCCGAGCUCUGCAGGGAGGAGUAUCCGUAUUGGGCCGGGCUUUUGCUCUGGUUCAUGGCGGAGGUUGCCCUGAUAGGUGCUGAUAUUCAGGAGGUCAUAGGAAGUGCCAUUGCCAUUAAGAUUCUCAGCCGUGGGGUUAUUCCACUCUGGGCUGGUGUUGUAAUUACAGCUUCUGAUUGUUUUUUAAUUUUGGUUCUGGAGAACUAUGGAGUGAGAAAACUUGAAGCGGUUUUUGCAGUUCUUAUUUCGACUAUGGCGUUCGCCUUUGCUUGGAUGUUUGGAGAUGCCAGACCUAGUGGAAGGGAACUUCUAACAGGUCUUUUGAUUCCAAGACUUAGUUCAAGAACCAUCCGCCAGGCUGUAGGAGUAGUGGGAUGUGUCAUAAUGCCUCACAAUGUAUUUCUACAUUCAGCUUUAGUACAGUCAAGGGAGAUUAACACCAAGAAAAAAGGUCAAGUCCAGGAGGCAAUAAACUAUUACACCAUUGAAUCAUCGGGUGCCCUUUUGAUCUCAUUCAUGAUCAACUUGUUCGUCACGACUGUCUUUGCUAAGGGGUUCUAUGGGAGCAAACAGGCCGGUAGUAUAGGGCUAGUCAAUGCAGGGCACUAUCUUGAAGAGAAAUAUGGUGGGGGGUUGUUCCCAAUCCUUUAUAUUUGGGGGAUUGGGUUACUUGCAGCAGGACAAAGUAGUACCCUGACAGGGACUUACGCAGGGCAGUUUAUCAUGGGAGGGUUUCUUGAUCUACGGUUGAAGAAAUGGAUGAGGGCUUUGAUUACCAGGAGCUUUGCCAUUCUGCCCACGGUUGUGGUGGCUUUGGUUUUUCAUAGGACAGAAUCGUCACUGGAUGUGUUAAAUGAAUGGCUUAAUGUGUUGCAGUCUGUUCAGAUUCCUUUUGCUCUCGUCCCACUUCUCACUCUGGUUUCUAAGGAAGAGGUUAUGGGGUCCUUCAAGAUUGGGCCUUUCAUUGAGAAAACCGCAUGGACGGUUGCAAUCUUGGUGAUGGUGAUAAACGGGUAUCUGUUGCUGGAUUUUUUCAUUGUGGAAGUCAAUGGUUUGCUGUUUGGUCUGCUGGUAUGCGUCGGGACUGCUGGUUACAUCGCCUUCAUCGUAUAUCUCAUCCUACACGGCAGUGGACCUAUUGCCAAUUGGCUCAAGUUUUGGAUCAACGAAGUGUAUAGUCAUGCUUGUAGAAAUGCGAGAUAGCACGCGAGGGACAGUCAUGAUUGUUUAACUUUGGUAUAGAAUAGAAUCUGCUUCUUUCUCAUAUUGUUGUUGUUGUGGAGUAGUAGCCCACGUUUUUGGACUUGCUCAACUUUAACAAAAAAAAUCUGUUGAUAGUGAUGGAUUACAACAAUCAUAUAGAGUUUGGUACACUUGAAAAGUUCUGCUCGAAAAGUCCCUUUGUUAAGACAGUGAGAUUACUACCCAGAACAGUGAGCUAAAACAAACAUGUUUGUGGAUCCCAUAUUUCUUUUAUGAACUAAUUGUGGUUGUGAUGUGAGAAGAAUAUAUUAAUC